CGGAAGCGGAAGAAGACAAGUGACGACGGAGCCGACGUCGUAAAUGGCAACGAGGAACAGCUCCUCAACAACAACAAAUUCAGCCCGCUGGUGGAGAACAACAACAAUAACAAAGGUCACCAACGACGGGGCGACGAUUUUGAAGGCGGUCGGCGUGGACAUGAGUCGCUUCCAGGACGACGAGGUUGGCGAUGGAAUGACUUCCGUGACGGUGUUGGUGUCAGAGUUGCUGAGCGAGGCGGAAAAGUUGCUCGAGCAAAAAUUUCACCCUCAAACGAGUGCGGCCAAGCAGGCGGCACGUUCGGCGCUGUUUGCCACGGCGUCGCUCAGCUCGAAGAUUCUGUCCCAGCAAAACUAUUUGCCGGCUGUUGCUUGGAGGAUUCGUUCCUGGACGAGGGUUUCCUGUUGGACAAGAAGACCGUUGUGCACAAGCCGAAACGCAUCGAGAACGCAAAGAUCUUGAUCGCCAACACGCCGAUGGACACGGACAAGAUCAAGGUUUUUGGAUCGAGUAUGAAGAUGGACUCGGUGGUGAAGAUUGCCGAGCUGGAGGUCGCCGAGAAGGAGAAGAUGAAGGACAAGGUGACAACCAGGACCAGGCUCGUCUCGGUCGUUGCGAUCUGUUCGAAAGUUUGCAUCGAUGUGAUCGCCCGUUCCAACAUCCGCAGGACACGGUGCCGGAAUAUCUCGCAAGGAGGCAAGUUGCUGCCCAAUCUGGUAAGCAAACUGCACGUCAGCAGAGAGGAAUUUGGAGGAGAUUUCGGUGGAAUUCGAGGAGGAGAAAAAGUUCAUGGUGAAUUGACCGGUUACGAUUGGUUCAUCUUGGUGCGCAAGAAGAUGAGCCACUGGCGCAAAGCUCACCUGAUUCCCCCGCACCUGAACCACUCUGCCAUAAUCUAUCCCGGAGCCUCCUUAGUUCGAAUUUGGAAGAAGUUUGUCCUGAAACGAUGGGUUAAGAUGAAGUCCGAGUUCCUGGCGCUGGACGAGGCGUGGCGGCGGUUCAACCUGGCGGUCCAAGGCUACCCGGAAGUUCCGUUUCGCUGCCGGUGA